ACAACUUCUUCUCUCAGUUAGCCAUUUCGGAUACCGAGUGUGCUUUCUAGAAAAACAUACAGAGUUAUUUAGCGAAAUACUGCACUCUUUCUACUAUAAGGAGCAAAGAUGGCCAUUAAAAUAUUAUUGCUGUUCUUGACUGUUGCGUUUAUAGAAGUUGAAGCUAAUCGUGUUCAUAGGACACAGGAUGACGCAACUGACAACGGUCCUGUAUUUCCGUACGAGGCUUUUGGAAUCGGAUACGAAGAUUUCAUCAACAGAAUUCACCCACCCUUAAUAGCUGCUAUGAAUUAUCGCCCAGUAAUGCCACAUGAUAUACCACAAUCUACAUCAGAUGGACAGAUGAUGUCAGUUGUUUUAUCUUCGAAUAUCGAAGGAGUCGUUGAGCCAAAUGAGGAAGCAGCCAAAUCUGAAUAUUUCACCUCUGAUACACUUGAAGUACUUCCUAGCCAAAUUGAGGAACCUGUCUUAGAAUCCAUCAUCUCACCUACUACAGAAUUGGAAACUUCAAAUGGAGAAUCCUCCACUAAAACUGUAGAAACAGCGACAUCAACUGACGAAAGUGCAGAAGAGAUAUAUGUUGAGCCUGAAAAUGUUUCAGACAGUAGUUUAGAAGCAGAAACACCCGAGUACCAAAUAGACAAACCGAGCACUUUAAGCGAAUACUCCGCAUUUCAUUCAGAUAAAGAAGGGCAGACUUCAGAAGAAGAAAAUCAAAACGAAAAGCUGCCAGACUCUAGGGAUAAAUUAAAAGAUUCUGCUGAAGAAUUAGCAGAAACAUCAAGAGAUGAGGCAUCUGCUGCAGUGUAUGAAUCAGAAGUUUCAGAACCCAACGAAGAUGAAUCACCUAAGCUACGAAUUUCGCACGAAACUGAAGAACUACCACAUCUUUCUUCUGAAGAUUUUGUAGCUAAGCCAUCUGGCGAAAUGUCAGACAGUAGUUCUGAUGAUGAUUACUACUAUUACGUUCCUGACUACAAAUAUACCGAAAGUGAAGUUUUCGAUGAAGUUUCUGACGACGUUUUAACUACGUCAUCAUAUGAAUAUUCCGAUAGCACAUCUGAAUAUUAUUCCACUGAAUUGGUUGAGUCGGAAGAAAAAGUUAUCGUUUUUCCUGAAUCGCAAAACACUCAAAAUUCGAAACAAAGUUACUCAAAAGGGUCGGAAUCUGUGAAAACAAGUCAAUUGGAUGCUGAAUCUAAGAUGUCUCACGACUCUAAAGAGCGAGAAUCCAGUGAAACUCAUUCAACGAUGAUGGGGAAGGACAGAUAUGACGAACAAAAGUCAUCUAAUGAUGAAAAUUCUGAGCAUAAUGUAAAUGAAAAGUCUAAAGUUGAACUCGAUUUAGAUUCGAAACGUACCUUGAGUGUCGAAUCGGAAGCUGUUUUAUCUGAAGCAUCCAAACCUGCUCAUGUUUCUUCCGAACCUGUAUCCUUUGAUAGUGAAUCCCAAAUGGCAUCCAGUUCGUCAUCAAAGAAAGAACUCGGUGAAUCAGAUUCUGGAAAAACAACAUUUUCUGCUAACGGAGAGGCAGCUGCUUCAAUAUCUUUCUCAGCGUCUAGCAGGAGCUCGGCACAAAGUGGAGACUUCGUAAACAUUCCACACAUCAUGGAAGACUUAAUGGUGCUAAAAGAGGCUACCAAAGUUUAUGGCCAAAAGCUUGACUUUGAGAGUAUGAGAAAAAUAGUUGAGCAAGCCAUUACGGAAUUAUCAAGUCUUCGCAAAAGGCUCACCAGAAAAGAAUACGUUCUGGGCGAUCUGAACCAAGUGAUUGAUGAGUUGCAGAAGCUGUGUCAAGCGAUUUGUGCCAAUGUGCCUGAGAAAUAUCUGAUGCCAGAAUCUGGCUCAAUAUCAAUUUCGAGUAAAUCAAAGCGCCGCUAAAGCUGAGAAUCUUAUGAUUUUUAUUCGUUUCGUAAACUUUUGUAAAGAGAAAAAACUCACUUAUCCUUCUUUCUUAUUUGACUUUAAAGCACAACUAUUAGAUUAAAAUAUGUGUGAAUUCUAUGCAAGCUAAAGGCUUGUGCAGGCUGCUUUGUAAAGUUUUUCAGUCAGUGUAAUUAAGAUUAUGUAAUUAAUAUUACAGGCCUUUAAAUGUAUCUUACGUGUAGAACGUAUUCUUUCAUAUGUACUAGAUCACAAAAACAUUGAAAGAUGUGUAUUGUAUUGUUAUUAAUUCAAGGUUGUUUUAAACGUGUGUAUGCUAAUAUUAAAGAUUUUUAAAUGUAUUUGCACGCA